AUGUUUCCAAUGAAGAGCAGGCAAUACAACAAUAUCUCGAGCCCCACUGACCUUGACUCCAUCAAAAUUGGGGACUACAUACAAGUUAUGGACAGCGAGCACAUGGGGAGGCACGGUGUUGUGAACUGGUAUGCCAAGGGAUCAACCAAUCUGUGGUUCCGGGAUAUCUCAGAGGACGAGAGAGAGUGCAAUGAUGGAUUGUCGAGCAUUUUAGUUCCUACAGCAAUGGUUCAGUGGACAAACCUCGCCCAGACAAUCCAGUACACCAAGGACAAGGGUUACAAUGUCAGGCCUGGAGACGUUGUGACUGUUGUCCGCAGACCAGAGUAUCAGACGAAAGGGGUUGUGCACAGCAUUGACUUUCCAAAUGCUCAUUUGACCAUACUAUCUGAUGGUGACCAAUCACUUGUUGUUGUCCCAAUCAAAUUUGUGACCAAGAUACGCAAUGCCCCCUUGGAUUCUUUCAAGAACAAUAUUGGCCAUGAAGUUUUGGUUCUUUGGGGUGACCGGAAGGGCUACCGAGCCACACUCUACAGCCUCUCCUCUGAGACAUGCACUGUUGCUGUAUCUGGGCAGCAGCGCACCACACUCAAACUUCCUGACAUUUCCACUAGGUAUGGGAUGAGAUUAAAUGGGGCGAUGCUCGAAGGCCCGGACUUGAUCUCAUUCUGUGAAAUGAGAACACAAUCGUACUUGGCACCUCCACCUCGAUCCACCACCCCACCCGUCAAAAUGGAAAAAGUUUCCUCGAGCUCGUUGGUUUCCCUCACAGGUGUCGGGCCAUCCACCGCGUGGUCCACUUGGUCUGCAAGUGCCAACACUAUUGAUGUGACACAUGACCCUAUGUCGAGUGUCAAUCCCACCACGUCUAUAUCCGACCCCUGGACUGUUGAUGCCCAGGACAGCAUUGAUGCCGAAGCGAAGAACCUACCGGACAAUGGUCCGCUACCAUGGUUGAUGACCAAGGAGUUUUCUUUGAAGUUAUUAAAAUAUCACGCACUGUUGAAGGUGUCGCUGAGUUUCCUCAGGGGCAAGUUAUACAAGCAAUUUGUAUCAAUGGCUUGUCCUGACCCCUUCUGUGGCGAGAGUGGGCCUGCACCUGAGGGUUGCAUUGCCGCAUUCUGCACAUCGAACAGUGCGGGCGCUGCACUUGAACACUAUCAUAUCCCUGCCAGCGAUCUAAGCCCGGCUCCUCCACGUAAAAAAAACAGCAACAGUGCCUUGUUUUGGACGGGAAUCAUUGUGUCCUUAUCGGAACUGUAG